AUGCCUGUCGAGAGCAAGUUUGAUCCCAAGGACAUGCAGUUCCGCCACCUCGGACCUUCUGGUCUAAAGGUCUCGGUGCUGUCUCUUGGAGGAUGGCUGACAUACGGCGGUACCCAGAAGGGCAGCAUCGUCAAGGACUGUAUGCAGGAAGCAUGGAACCACGGAAUCAACUUCUUCGACACGGCUGAGGUCUACUCCAACGGCGACUGCGAGAUUGAGAUGGGACAGGCUCUCAAGGAGCUUGCGUGGCCAAGAGAUGAAUACGUCUUGAGUACAAAGGUGUUCUUCGGUACUGGACGCAACGAGCCAAACACCCGCGGUUUGUCUCGCAAGCACGUGGUUGAGGGUCUCAAGAGCUCUCUCCAGCGGCUGCAACAGCCGUACGUCGAUAUCGUGCUCGCACACAGACCCGAUGUUGGUACUCCAAUGAAGGAGAUCGUUGAGGGAUUCACUCAGGUGAUCCGCAACCUCAACCUCGCAUACUACUGGGGUACCUCUGAGUGGUCUGCCGUUCAGAUCCAGGAAGCGACCCAGAUCGCCGAGCGUUACAACCUCAUUGCUCCAAUUGCCGAGCAGCCACAGUACAACGCCUUCCACCGCGAGCGCUUCGAGGUCGAGUACGCACCACUAUACAACCAAUACGAAUACGGCACCACCAUCUGGUCUCCUCUCGCUGGAGGACUCCUUACCGGCAAGUACAACGAGGGCAUCCCAGAAGACUCCCGCUACGCAACGAACAAGAGCUUCUUCGAGGGUACCAUCAAGGCACUCCAAAGCGAUGAGGGCAAGGCCAAGAUCGCAAAGGUACGCAAGCUCACAGAGGUCGCUGAAAAGCUUGGUGGCAGCGUUGGGCAGCUUUCGCUUGCGUGGUGCGUGAAGAACCCGAAUGUCAGCACUGUCAUUCUUGGAGCAACAAAGAUCGAGCAAAUUCGGGACAAUUGCAAGGCGAUGGAGUUGGUUCCUAAGCUCACCCCAGAAGUGAUGGAGGAGAUUGAGAAGAUCCUUGACAACAAGCCAAACGCACCCAAUGCAUUCGGCCGUGAGCGCGUGAGGUGA